AUGGGCGCGAAACACGCCGCUCUGCUGCUAGCGCUAGCCACAUACGCAACGCCGCUGUCUUUAAAAGCCGUGCAUCGCGAGUUCAAAGUGAAAGACGCGUCCGUAAUCUCGAAGGUCACCUACGACGCCGCGCGCGAGCGGCAGCCGGUGCUCAUCUUCCUGAGCGGCGCCGACGUGCCGCACGAGAAGUACGCCUGGCUCGCGGAGGGCUUGGCGGCGCGCGGCAUCGCGACUUGUCUAAGCUCGACGGUCGCGUCCUUCGGCCCGACCACGUGCCUGCUGUCGCUGCCGUACGACCUCGCGCGGCUCGCGUCGGAGGACGCCUACCGCGCGGCCGCGCCGUCCGCGGACGGCCUGCGCUGCCUCCUCGACGACCUCGCGGCGCUCGAGUGCGACGCGCUCGAUCUGACACACGUGACCCUCGGCGGUCACUCGACGGGCGGCCGCGCGGCGCUCGACGUCGUCGCGUUCGGCUGCGGCGACGCGUUCCCGGAAAUCCGCGCGGCCGUCGCCUACGGCGCGUCCUUCGUCAACGGUCCCUCGUCGCCCCUGGCGCCGGGCACCUGCUUCGACUUCGACGCGUCGCGCGGCGCCGGCGUGCCGCUCCUGCUCCUCGGCGGCGAGCGCGACGGCGUGUCGGCCGCGCUCUCGGAGUCGCGCGACCCGUCGGAGACGCUGCGGCGCACCUUCGACGCGGCCAAGGCGGGCGCCGCGCCCGUGGACCUCGUCGUGCUCCGCGGCGCGAACCACAUGAGCUGCGCGCGGCCGCCGGAGCCGGCCUGCGGCGCGGCCGCCGCGGAUUUGGCCACGGCGCCGGGCUUCGACGCCGCGGCCUUCGAGGCGUCCUUCUGCGACCUCGUCGCCGCGCACGUCCUCGGCGGCGACCUCGCCGCGGUAGCUACCGACGCGGCGCUGCACCUGUCGACGGCUGUAGAAGAGGAGCCCGACGAGGACGAGACGCCGGCCGCGGCGAAGCCGCCCGCGCGGUACGGCGCGCUCGAGGCCUUUGUGGCGGCCGCGCAGCGCGCCGUCGCGAAGGACGAGGACAUCGACGUCGACGUGACGCUGCACGUGCGCUUCGGCGACUACAUGGCGUCGAAGCCGUCCGUCGACUUCGACGGCGGCCGCGCGACGUGCCGCGUCCACGCGUUUCUGGAGCCCGACUGGACGGCCUUCGACCGGCCUUUGAGCACCGGCGGCGACGUCUACACCUACCGGCGCGAGGUCCACGCCGCCGCGCUUGCCGCGGGGCCCGCGCUCUGCCUCAAACUCAAACGGCGCGAGGCCGUCGCGGGCGCCCCGGCGGAGAACGCGCCGGCCGACGGCGACGCGGCGAAGACCGUGGGCGAACUCGCAUUGUCCUGGGCGCUCCCGGGCGUCGACGAUUGCGGUGUCGUUUUUGGCGACGACCGCGAGCUCUUGGACGACCCGGACGGCCCCUUUGGCAACAAGGGCGGUCUGUACGUGUCGUCGGUCCUCUGCGAGGAGGACGGCCGUAUCGUCGCGCCGACGAUCACGACGCCCCUCGAGGGCGUGCCCGACGCCUUUAAAGGCCACCACUACAUGAAGGUCCUGCCGCCGCCGACGCUGCGUCGACACGUCGUCGACCGGCCCUCGGACGGGCAGAAACUCGACGCCGACGGCGCCUGGGCCCUCCUCGAGGCCGCGCUCGACGGCUGCGUCGCCCGCGUCACGGCGGCCCUGGACGCGGCGCCCGCGGACGUCGCCGACGACGACGCGUCGUGGCGCGCGACGGCGGGCGACCUCGAGAUCGCGGGCACGAUCGCCGCGUGGACGAGCGACACGGCGGCCUGGGCCGUGCGCUACGCCAACGCCGUCCCCGGAAGGUCCCAGUCCGCGGGCUUCAACGUCGCCCUCUCCGCGGCGACGGACGCGCCGCACCUCGCGACGUACGUCGGCGUGAGGAACGGCGUCGCGAGCCUCGCGGUCGACGCGCUCGCGCGCGCGGACGUCGCCGCCCGCGCGUCCUACCGCGGCCGCUUCUACGGCUCGGACCUCGCGCGCGCACUCCUUGCGCGGCCCGGCGUCGCGGCGUCGCCGCCGUCGGCGGACGCGCGGCUCCGCGCGCUCCGGUCCCCGGACGCCGCCACGGUCACCUGCGACGCCGCGGACCGCGGCGACGUCCUCGCGCUCGUCGCGGCCCUCGAGGAGCACGUCGACGCCUGGCUCGCGGGGCUCGGGGCCGCGGCGACGCCGUCUCCGUCGGACGCCGCGGGUCUCCGCGCGCGCGACGCGGCGACGCGGACCAUGCUCCGGGACCACGAGGCCGACGCGGGCCGCGGCAUCCUCGGCGACGCCGUCGCGGAGCGGCUCGCGUCCGCGAUGGCCGGACCCCUCGAGUAA